AUGAACCCCUCCCCACAUUCACCCGACUCUCACUACGACACAGCCCGGCUUAUCGCACUAGGCGACGAUGUGACCCUCGAAGAGCUCUGGACCAAUACCUUCUCACCCGACAUUUAUGCCCUCAUCAAUGUCCCCUCCGUCAACCCCUCUUCCUCUCUGGCCUUGCUUACUGCUCCAGCCGCCCAGUUUCCAGAGCAGUGGAAGUCUACUCUCAAUGCCGACAUCAUCCUGCAGAUCAUCCAACGGCUGGUGGAAAGGAACAACAACGUUGUACAGACUCGCGUGCUCCUUGUCAAUCAACAUAUGUAUCUCAAAUACGUCCGUCAAUUCUUCCAGCAUCUCACCCUCGACCGGACAGUCACCAAGCGAGUUCUCAAGCCUCUCUUCCGUUCCAACAAAGUCCUGAACGCCUUCCUGCGCCUCCCCUACACCGACGGCGAUACCAUCACUCAAUCUGCCGAUCCUCACAAAUUGCCUAUUUACGAGACAUCAUACUUCGGAAAGAUCGAGGGGUGGAUAGAUCUCCUGUGGAGCAAGUUUGAGUGCCUGUAUGAGUUUACGGAGGUGUUGACUAUUGAGGACGCCGUAUCUCUCAAGUAUCUCGCGGCGUUCCUUGCAACUGCGCUGCAGUAUCUACUUCAGACCGACUCCUAA